CAGAUUCAUCCAAGAUCAUCUGGUUUUCUGGAUUCUAGAAGUACUAACAAUGUACCAUUUUCAUUAUUAUAAGUUGAGGAGAUCCGGAUCAAGCAACUAUAUCCAUGAAAAGACUCAAAAAUGAUGGUUAAAUUCUCAGUUUGUUUGUAAAGUUUGCAGAGUUACAAUUGCUUCUUGUUGUUGUACUGUUUAUUACCAUAUGGAUGGUUCUACACCUAAAGAUAAUAUUUCUGUGCUUUCUAGUCCUUUUUCUUCUGCAAAUGUUAGUGCCCUCCUCAAGAUCAAGAUCAUUUCAUGGAGUCAAGAAACAGGCUUGCCAGCUUCGGUUUGUGUCCGCGUUGGAGAUAGACUUUUCAAUCUUCACAAGUAUCCUUUAUUUUCAAAAAGUGGAUACUUUAACCGAGAAUUAACCGAUUCUAAUGAAGUUGUACUACCACAAGACUUCCCAGGCGGGCCCGAGACUUUCGAAAUGAUCUCACUUUUUGUUUACGGGUCAUCCACUUUAGUCGACCCGUUUAACGUUGCAUCUUUAAGAUGUGCAGCCGAGUUUCUUGAAAUGACGGAAGAAUACACCUCGGGGAACUUGUGUGAACGCUUCGACAUAUACUUGAACCAAGUUGUGUUACAAAGCUGGGAGGACACACUUAUUGUCCUCCAAAAGUGUCAAUCACUUGACCCGUGGGCCGAAGAGCUCUUAAUCGUGAGUAGGUGCAUUGAAUCCUUAGCUUUCAUGGCCUGCAUGGAGAUUCUUGAUCCCGAAAGAAGAAGAGACCAGUCGGUUGUUACUCUAGAAGCUUUAAGCGCUCAAAGAUGGAGCUCCGAAAUGGUCCAAGAAAUCUUGACCCAAGAUGUUUGGAUCAAAGACUUAAUGGCUCUCCCAUUCGGGUUUUUCAAACGGGUCAUCGGGUCUUUAAGAAGACAAGGUAUGAAAGAAAAGUAUGUUAGCCCGGUUGUGUUAUUCUACGCGAAUUCGACACUUUUUGAUGAAAACGGCGCCAAAGAAGAUGUAUCAUGUUUACUAAAAGGGAUUCUUGAUUUACUUCAAAUUGGGGAAAAGGGUAGUAGAGUUAUUCCGGUUGGAUUUUACUUCCGUUUGCUAUCCGAAUCGCUAAAACUCAAGUUGGAUAAAGAGUAUACUCUAAAGUUACAAAAUCAAAUUUCUGGGGCGUUACAUAUGGGUCGAGUUGAAGAUUUUUUACUGCCAGAAAGUGGGAUAGAUGAUGUCGCUAGUAGCAUUGAAAUGACGACAAUGGAAAGCAUAUUUUCAACGUAUGUUGUGUUUCACUUGUGCCCAAACAACGGUACUCCUUCGCCUUAUAAUUCUGUUGUUGCAGAAUUAUGGGACGCGUAUCUUACCCGUAUAGCUAGUGAUGCGAAAAUACACGCGAAAAGAUUCAUGGAACUUAUUGAACUCAUGCCUAUAUCAUGUAGGCAGAACCAUGACAAUCUUUAUAAGGCACUGAACAUCUUUCUACAGGUUCAUACUGAGUUGUCACAAGAUGAAAAGAGUAUGGUAUGCAAAUACCUCAACUGUCAGAAACUCUCAAAUGAAGUUUGUAUAGAAGCGGUUCAAAACGAAUUAAUGCCUUUACGAUUAAUAGUACAAGCGCUUUUCGUUCAACAACUAAGCACACACAAAGCGUUAAAGGAAUGCUCCGAUUCAUUCAGAUACGCACAUUGUGGAGACUUCUCAGGAAGCAUCCCGAGUUCAAGAUUCGCAAAUUCAAGAAGCCAGAAUCUCGUAGAAAGCCCGUGUUUUGAUGUACAAGACACGAGAAACCAACCGCUAAGUUUCUUGCUACAAAACGACUCAGAAAAACCCGAGUUUUGCAAGAAAGAAUACGAGUCCACAAGCUUUAGAAUUCAAACACUUGAACAACAGUUGAUGGUGUUGAAAAGAAGCAUCCAACUACAAAAUACAUCCAAGAAAAGAGAACAAGGUUCGAAGAAAGUGGACCCCGUGAGGCCAUACGGGUUAGAAGGAAGAACAAUGAGUAAGAAGAGAACCCCUCUUGGUCAAGUGACUAGCUGCAUAGGAACGGUGAAUUUAGCGUCACAAAGGAGGUAUGCUAGCCGGUUAUUGAAUGUGUUUAGGAGAUUUAGUUUGUUUGGUAGAGCAAAAGCGAAGAAGAAACCGAGUGUAACCGGUGUUUGGCCCAAACCGAUGUAAAGCGUUUACUUUAUAUAAUUCAUAUGUAUGUGUUAUCCUAGUAUUUAUUAUUUGUGAAAUGCAACAAAUUAAGUGCCUGA